GGGGGCCUGAUGGGGGCGGGCCGGAGUGGCUGAGGUACAAGAGCUCCUCCGUCACGCUCAUGGGUGCCAAUGGGGGCCAAAAGCCGGGGUCUUACUCUAUGAACAGGACAGAGACGGAGACGCAGCGACAGACUCUCCUUCAUCUGGAGCACCAGGUUUCAGCUGGAACUCCCAGAAGUUUCUGUCCCUCUGAGGUUGAUGAUGCUCUCAGACAGAGAAGGAGAACCUCCUCAGAUGUUCCACACAUCCUUUGUUCCUGCGACUGACGAGACAGAGCUCUCAUAUCCGGGUAGAGAAGGUGUCGCCCAAACAUGCGAGGGGAAAGAGGACCCUCUGGUUCCAGCCUGCACCCCCCAUUUGAGCCUUGUGAUGCAGCGCGGCACCGCAAAGCAUGUGGUUCCAGACGGGUUCCAGGAGGAUCCCUGCAUGUCCAUAGUAGCACAAGCAGAACGAGAAGACUUCCAGGAGUUCAGCCCUUCCAACACUCGCUGCUCCUUCCUUCAACCGCGCCUCGUCUCUCCAAGGCUCAGAUCCCUGAAUGAAGACCCGGGCUUCACGAGCAGCACAGAGGGGGAGGACUCUGAUGAGACCACCAAAGUCCCGCCCCUACCUCCCCAGAGGAGACAGCGCAGGAAGACGAGAAACAGACGGAGGAGACAAGAGGAAGGGGAGGAGCCUCCUGUCAUCAGGGGUUUGUGGGUGCAGGAGAUUGACUGGCUGAAGGCGACAUCAGCUGCUGGAAUCAUCCCACCGCCUCCUCAGUUCACUGACUCGCCCCCGUCCUGCCAUGGUGACCAGCUGGGCACAUUAGGAGAUUGUGUCAGUGGGUCAGAGGAGGCGCCACUGAGGAGGAGGAUCGAUGCAGACAGAGGAGGCUCAGACUCCGACUGGGGAUCCAUAGACUCUUACGAGAGCCAGUCAGACUCUUCUUGUGUGGAUGAAGAGACAAGGGAUGAUCCCUGUCUUGAACGCAUGCAUGUGUCGGGAUUUGAACCUCGGCCUCAUGCAGGCUGGGAUUCUGACUCCACAGACUGGGUGCAGAGUCUGUUGGGAGUCCCAGACGACGACAGCAGCGUGGACACAUCCCAGAGCGGCCUCCAGGAUGACCCCGGUGACCCGGCGCUGGAUGAGCUGAGAGGCAAAGUGGCGCAGAUAUCAAAGCUCUUCGUCUCUGCUUCCCUCCGAGUUUCCAUGAAACACAUUCUGAAUGACUGGAAGACCUCGGGGUUCACCAACGAAGGCCUCCUGUUUCACAGCCUCCUGCAGCCCAGCGGUUGUCGGUACCGGGAGUGUGAGGAGUACUCUGUCCUUCAUCACCUCCAGAACGGCUCCUACGGGGAUGUGUUCUGCAUUCAAGACAAAAGCAGCGGAUUCAAAUGUGCUGCCAAGCGGAUUCCACUGAGUAACUUCCACAGUGGGGAGGUGAGCUCCUGGAGCUCCCUGAACUCCCCUCGGGUUGUGGAGCUGUUUGGGGUUGUGAGGGAAGGUCCAAACAUUGUCCUGUUCAUGGAGCUUAAGCAAGCGAGCUUGGGCCAGCUUUUAAAGCAGACGACCUGCCUCCCUGAGGAUCUGGCCCUGCAUUACCUUCACCAGACACUGGAGGCGCUGGAGCACCUGCACAGCAGGAAAGUGCUUCACCUGGAUGUCAAAGCUGACAAUGUGCUGCUGUCUGCAGACUGCAGAAACACAUUCCUCUGCGACUUCGGCCUCUCAGAGACGCUGGAUGGUGGUGGGUGGAGCACCAAGGCCUUCAUGGGAACUGCCUUUCCAGGCACAGAAACCCACAUGGCCCCUGAGGUGGCACGAGGGGACCGGCUGUGCGCCAAGGCAGACGUGUGGAGCAGCUGCUGCAUGCUACUGCACAUGCUCAAUGGAUGCCAACCCUGGACACGAUACUACUCCCACCCUCUGUGUCUCCAGAUCGUCAACGAGCCUCCUCCUCUGUGGGAGGUGCCGUCCAACUGCAACAACUUCACCGCCAAAGUCUUUAAAGCCGGACUACAGAAGGAUCCAGAGAGACGAGCAUCAGCAAAGGAGCUGAGGAGGAAAACCACCAAAGCCCUCAGAGCAGUUGGAGGUCUGAGUCCCUCUUCCAUACAUGCAGCCUGUGAGAAGCUGCUCCUCUGUCAAAGGCAGGAUGAAGAUGGAGUCAGCGACUCAUCUUCUCAGAUCCCAGUCACCCGGAGCAAAUCCUCCUCUGCCUCACCUUCGCCGCCACUCUGGGUCAGCCCCUGGAGAACUUUGGCAGUAAAUGAGGACAGUAACCUCUCUGAGCAUGACAGCUCAGACCAGCACUCUGAAGCAGAGACUGACUCUGUACCUGGAGAAUGGGACUUCUACCCAGAUCCUCGGCAGGAGGAAGACAAAAGUGCAGCAGGAUGGGACACUGGGUCGGAAUCAGACAUGGAUAUCUACAUGGGAGAAGAGGAGUUCAUGCAGGACAGGUGUCAGAAAACCGACCAAGACUAUGAGGGAGACUGUGAGGAGGAAAGGGCCAACGAGGAGGAGGAAGAGUGGGACUCUACUGGAUCAGUGGAACAGCUUAGUGCUCUCAGAGACCUCUUCCCUUUGCUGCAGAAAGGUCAUAAGAGAUUGUGGGGGUCAGAGGAGGAGCUGGAAUAUCUCAGGGAUGAUAUCCCAGUUGGAACCACAAUCCAGAGCUGGUCUCCAGAACCUCGAGAUGAACCUCCGUCCUGCUUCAGCUGCUCAGACACAUCCCAGAUGGAUCCAUCAGAGAAUGACUCUGAUCAUUCGUCUGAUGACUUGAGCUCCGGCGUCUUUUCUUCCUGCAACCGUCACUCAGACAGGCUUCUGGAGUGGAGAGCAGCAGACAGUCAGCGGUCCUCCUGCUGCUUUGAGGGUGUUGAUGUCUGGAUUGAGAACAUGCAGGGACAAUGUCUGAGGAUCCGAGAGAGCCGGCAGGUCAACGUGGGUCAUGUUGCCGUAGGAAUCAGUGAUCAGAUGUGGGGAAAGGCCUUCACGUUGGAAACUCUGGACAGAAAGCUUGUGUCCUUCCAAGAGGAGAUCACAGUUUCCAAUCUGUGGCUCUGCUGUGUUCCUGCUCCUGACUGGUGUCAGCGCUGGAGAUGGAGGGUCCGAGACGGCAAACUGGAACUGCGGGAAUGAAACAGAACUUUUUCUUUCACUGGUUU